AGAGAGAGAGAGAGAGAGAGAGCAUACUGUCAGUGUCAGUAGCCUAUACUAUCUGCAUGGCUGCCACUGAUGUAAACAUCUAUUCUUGUGAGGAGAUGAGGACUCUCUCUCUCAGCGGUCAUGUCGGUUUUGACAGUCUUCCUGAUCAGCUGGUCAGCAAAUCAGUGAGCCAAGGAUUCAGCUUCAACAUUCUCUGCGUAGGUGAAACUGGGAUAGGCAAAUCCACUUUAAUGAACACACUUUUUAACACAACGUUCGAAAAUGAAGAGGCCAGCCACUUCCAGAACGGCGUGCAUUUACGCCCCAGAACGUACAACCUACAGGAAAGCAAUGUGGAUUUGCAGCUGACCAUUGUAGACACUGUGGGUUUUGGCGACCAGAUUAAUAAAGAAGAAAGUUAUAAACCUAUUGUGGACUACAUUGAUGCCCAGUUUGAAAACUUCCUUGAAGAAGAGCUUAAAAUUAAACGUUCCCUUUAUAACUAUCAUGAUUCACGCAUCCAUAUCUGCCUCUACUUUAUUGCUCCCACUGGACAUUCACUGAAAUCUCUGGACUUAGUCACCAUGAAGAAACUGGACAGCAAGGUCAACAUUAUUCCCAUCAUUGCAAAGGCAGACACUAUUUCCAAGAGUGAGCUUCAAAAAUUUAAGAUCAAGAUCAUGAGUGAACUGGUCAGCAAUGGUGUUCAGAUCUACCAGUUCCCAACAGAUGAUGAAGCCGUGACUGAAAUAAACUCUUCUAUGAAUGCGCAUCUUCCUUUUGCUGUGAUUGGAAGCAAUGAAGAGGUUCAAACUGGGAACAAAAUGGUUCGAGCCAGACAGUAUCCAUGGGGAGUGGUACAGGUGGAGAACGAGAGUCACUGUGACUUUGUAAAGCUGAGAGAGAUGCUAAUCCGUGUCAACAUGUUGGACCUGAGGGAACAGACCCACGCCAGACACUAUGAGCUGUACCGCCGCUGCAAACUGGAGGAGAUGGGCUUUAAAGACACGGACCCUGACAGCGAACCCUUCAGUCUACAGGAGACAUACGUGGCCAAGAGGAGAGAAUUUAUCGGCGAGCUACAACUCAAGGAGGAGCAGAUGAGACAGAUGUUUGUCAACAAAGUGAAGGAGACAGAAGCAGAGCUAAAAGAGAAGGAGAGAGAGCUUCAUGAAAGAUUUGAGAUGCUGAAACGCACACAUCAGGAGGAGAAGAGGAACCUGGAGGAGAAGCGUAGAGAUUUAGAAGAGGAGAUGAACACCUUCAACAGGAGGAAAGUGGCUGCAGAAACCCUACAGUCUCUUCAAGGCUCCUCUGCCACGAAAAAAGACAAAGAGAAGAAAACUUGAUUGGCGAUCCAAGAAAGCAUGAGCAUCAUCACUGCUCCGUAACUAUGUGAUGAUCCACUGAUGCGUACCUGAUUCUUCUGGAUUUACAUUUUAAUUAAAGGGAUAAUUCACCUAAAA